CUUGCCAGUCUACAACAUCAAGAUGGCGUUGUAACACUCACAUUUUGUUGACAAGUGAACUAAGAAUACGAAUUUAGGCUAUCAUUCCUUGCUUGCAAUGCCUUCACACGGUGUUACGAAGGAGCGUUACAGAAGGAGUAGGUCACGAUCACCUUAUCAAAGGCUCCGUCCUUUUAAAACAUCAAGAUACACUGAUGCUCGAGUGAAAUCUGGUGGACGUUUUGAUCAUUCUCACGUGUCUCAAAGGUUCCUCUCCAGGAGAAAGUUCUCAUCAUCACCUCAAAGAUCACCUAGAGAUCACAGAGAGAGAUCCAAACAUGGACAUAGCCCUCAUGUUUCAAACAGAUAUAAAUCAAGAAAGUCUCCAUAUGUUGAAAGAAAGACUCAGCACUCUCCCACUGUGUGGACAUCGCCAGUCCAGGACAAGCCAAAAGCUGACACUUCUGUUUUAGACAGGGACUCUUUGAGAGAAAGAUCAACAUCUGGACAUACGAGUCAUCAGGAUUACUUUCCAUCUGAAAACAGGAAAGUGAAAAAGAAAGUAACUUUAAAUGAACGUUUUGGUUUGACUGAAAAGAAAUUUGAACUUGAGGAAAACAUAACUAUUGGACUUCAGCGUAAUCCUCACAUCCCAAUAUCAACAGCUGUAAAUGUUACAACAGCAAAUUUUGAUUUUCACAAUUUUUUGUUGAAACGCCAAGCCAGUGAAGGUCGCAAGCCAAUUUUUGAUCGGGAAGAAAUCAAGGCAUUUCAUCAUGAUGACAACCUUGAUGACCCAGAUGAAUUCGAAAGGAGAAUUAUCACUGUUUUAUCACCAAAACCUCAUGGUAGUUUUAGAGGUAGACAGGAUCUCUGUGCUGAUUCUACUGAUGUGGAUUAUAGCAUUAGAAGAUCUUUAAGUACUGCAUCCAUCUUUGAUGCCAAACAUGAUGAAAGGAAUAUGAAGGGAACUCAUCAGAUAUCUACAUAUCACAGCAGCAGGGAUGAGAGAGCCAGAGUCUCUUCUCGACAUGAAGCACUGCAGAUUACACGAGGCAGGACCUCCUCCCCAAUGAGAGAACCUCAAGUUCGACUGGAUCCCCGUCCAGACCCAAGAUAUGAAGCAAAGUACAGAGCAAAUGAAGAAAGAAUAUCAUAUAAGAGACUGGAACGUGUUAAUGAGAAUCCUAAUGAUCUUCGUCAUAGUCUUCAUCGCAAACUUCAAGACACAAUGGGAGAAACAAGAUAUAAAACAGAAGCCAUGCAUCCAGAUGGACAUCAGAAAGAUGAAAAACCGGGUCAUGGUCGUGAUGCAUGGGAAGUGGCUAACGAGUACCAGCGAGAUAGACCACACUCAGGAGCCAGUGAAUCACAUGAGACUAGUGCCUACAGAGGCAAGCUUCCAGAUUUCUCAAAGAGAGUUGAAAAGUUUUCUUAUGAAGAAUGGAAAGACAAACCAGAAAUGGUCCCAAAAGGGAGCAGCUACUAUGAACAUGACAACCGGGAUGACAAUACAUUCUUCCGACGAGGAAGGGGGAGAGGACGUUAUCUGGGCAGCCGUUCUCGAGGCACAACAAGAGGAUUUUUCCAAAGAACUGCAUAUCAACAAACAUAUCAGACUCCAUACAGUAAGAAUAAACAAAUGAGUGUUGGACAAAGAUACCGCGGCAAGCAAGGAUACAGUCAUGUUGAGGAUUCUCACUCCAUGGGGCACAAGACAAGGGACAGAGGUUCCCGCAGUGGCUUCGACCAUAGAUUUGACAAAAGGGGCUCAAGUGAACACGGAGAAUGGAAGCAUGAUAUGUAUGAUAAAUUAGAGAAGGAAGAAGACAACAGACCUACAAGUACCACAUGACAAAUUGUUUCCAGUUUCAAGAUCAGUUCUUCAAACUGGAUCUCUUGGAAUGCAGCAUAGACUGAGCAUUCACCAAAGAGCAGCAAAUAAUUGAUUAUAUUUCAUCAGUUGUGCAGUCUUUUGGGUUUUUUUCAAUGUCAAGUUUUAUAACUGUGGUACAUAAGGUACUGAUUUGUAUUACACUUUCCGUUCGAACACAAGUGUUGUUCCAGCAAGGAUCUGAACAGCCAUACUGACAUCUUUUUAAAACUGUUUUUGUGCCCUUGUGCACUAUUUUGUUGUGACUUUCUCAAUACAGGUUCUGUAGGUUG